AUGGUCGACGCAAGCGAUCCUCACCCCGCAUUUAACCCUUCUAGACCUUCUAGAUACCAACCAGGCCAACCGCUGUUGCGAGAACUGUCUCUUUACAAUGGGGUUUCGAAUAGAUCGCGAGGCUGGAAAACAAAGAAGCCGGAGAAGUUUGCAGAAAUGCAGACGCCUCAAAAGCCUGGUACCGUGAGAUGGGACGGCGCUUCAAUGUCGAGUAAUGGUUGGGAUAACCUGAAAAGGGAUCCCGAGUUGUGGUAUCGUGAUGGAAAUUGCUAUAUUCACCUAUACGACCAAGGGCAAAGCCGUAGAGGUCCCGCAUUCAAGGUGCCUUUUUCUGGGUUCCUAAAAGCAGCCUGUUAUCCCUUCAUCGAUAGAUUCAUGGCUCGAGAUGUCAUAAUACCAACGGGGUGUACUCAAGAGAACGGCGACCCGGCAAGACAGAGUCGUAUUGAACUUUUCAUUCCGGCACCUCCUCGAUCAGAUAAACAUCAAUCAUAUAAAUACCACCUAGCAACUCGGAACUUCGUUGCUUACGUCUUCCGCAGGUCUAUGGUUGGAGAAAAUCUAGGGGCUGCUCUAAUUACUCUCAUGCAUAGCAUGCAUCAGUUUCGUUUAAGGGACGUGGAUAAUGUCCAAGAUCUUAUGAGUUACCUAGACGAGGAAGGUUAUCUCAAUCUUAGAAGCAACCCGGCUCAUGCUAUAGCUAUAUUACAUCUUUCAGAAGUUUUCCGGUUGAGAGGACCCUAUAUAAACGCUUUUGCGCACUGCUGUGGCAUGAGCGACCAAUUGCCUACAGUUCCCGAGUAUCAGCUACUAUCUCCUGUAACUCGAAAGCUCAUCCGUUGUGCACGAGUUGAAAUGAAUCUUAGACUAGGUCAGAGUGCAAAUUUGGUAGGAAAUUUUCUCCAAUAUGAGCUGGCCGAGGCACAUCUGUCUUUGUAUCCUGGAGCUCGAUCACAUCUCGAAAAAUUCCGGUCUCUAUUACACAAUUUCUACGCCGCUAAAUUUGGAUCAUACCCGCCACCAUCAGUUGACUCCCGAACGACAGUAUUCGAAGCAGACAUCUUCCGGAUUAUGAGGACAGAUUUCGAUGCUCUUUUCCAGUAUCUGGUUGACGAGAGUGUUGACAACACCCAGAAUAGUCCAUUCUUGGCGGAAGGAGGUGUCUGUACAUGGCAAAGUAUUCAAUCAUUUGACUUAAGACAUGAAUUCAAGACUUUAUUUCACCCUCUUCCCCUCCUCCCAAGGGUAUCAUUUGAAAAUAUGGAAAAGGUCGCAUGGUUAGAAAAAAGGGUCAGAACAAAUCAAAGACAACAAGAAAUCACACGCUCGGCAUUGUUAAAGGCCACAAACCAGAAGCCCGAACUCCUUAAAAAUGGGCUGGUGAGAGUAUAUCGCCAAUUCGAGGAGAAAUUGGUCCAUCCUCCCACUAAAACGGGCAAGUUGGAAAAUCUAGGUCCUAUAGACAGUCGCAAAGUCCGCUGGAUCUUGAUUUAUGCGGUUUACCAGGCCCUCCGCCAAGCAACAGAGAUUCCGCCCGAGGUUCGGGACGCUGCUGAAGCUCCAUAUCAUCUCUGUAUCUCUACAGUUGAUCUACCACCAUGGGAUGAGGAACGGCCGGUGCACGACCUAGUUCGAAGGCAAACAGUUCAUAUUGCUCAUAGUACAUCACCCUCAGCAACAGGUUGGGACUCUGCAAGAUCAUCCCCCUGCCCGUGUAACUUCGAAAUCAAGCCGGAUAUUGACUAUUUCGCCAUUACCCAUCGCGAUAGAACCGCAGAUGAAGCCAGAGAUAAAGGCCCGCGCAGAGCGGCGAGUUGGAAGGGAAACCUUUCUAGGAGCCUGUCUCGGAGCUUGACGACCCGACGUUCACCAACCAAACUUACUAAACCUCAGAAUAGGACUACCCAGUCACCUUGGAACAGGCACUAUCGCGAGAUUGUGGUUCAAGGCUAUGGCAACGGAACAAUCGAUAUUAAAGACGCGCUAUCAGGCGCACCGCCGCCAAAUGCGCGUGCUACAAUUGCUGAAGAGGACCCGGGAUCAACGUCGCCUUCUCAUUAUUCUAGUAUUUCCGACCUAAGGGAAUCCGAGGAUGAAAGUAUCGCGAAGACAUCGGAAACAUCUGUAUCCGAAAGCCAGGCGGAAACUUCCCCUAAUGACAAACGCGAGACGCCGCCGCAUCGUCCCGGGUCUUCAUUCGCCGCAUUUCGACGAAAGCGCCAAGGAGAACUCACGCCCAAGUCCUCCUGCGGGCUGCUCAGACGGCGACCGAAGAGUAUCGACGGCACCUCGCGGAAAUUUAUGGAACCCGCACCGCGUGAUAUCCACAAGGUGAAUAGCGUCACGCCUCACAUCGAGAUGCCAGCUCCCAAAGUCCCCACGUGGAGCCACAUAAAGGUCAUGGAAGAUAAGGCUACUAACUGGAUGGCGAAUGAUAUUCAGCCCGCAUGGGAGCAAUACACCGAUCUCGGUGGCCUGACCGAGUUGAGACCCCGGGGACCUCACAGACCGCCGCCGAGGUGUAGGCCGACACCGAUGGUACGCCUAUAG